AUGGAGGGGGGCGGCGGCGGCGGCGGCGACGGCGGGGCGCGGCAGCGCGAGCUCGAGCGCAUGGCGGAGGUCCUGGUCACCGGCGAGCAGCUGCGGCUCAGGCUGCAUGAAGAAAAGGUGAUUAAAGACAGGCGACAUCAUCUUAAAACCUACCCAAACUGUUUUGUCGCAAAAGAACUGAUUGACUGGCUGAUCGAACACAAGGAGGCAUCUGACAGAGAGACGGCUAUUAAACUCAUGCAGAAGCUGGCGGACCGGGGCAUCAUCCACCACGUGUGUGAUGAGCAUAAGGAAUUCAAGGACGUCAAACUCUUCUACCGCUUUAGAAAGGAUGACGGCACCUUCCCCCUGGACAAUGAAGUGAAGGCCUUCGUGAGGGGACAGAGGCUGUAUGAGAAGUUGAUGAGCCCCGAGAACACGCUCCUGCAGCCCCGGGAGGAGGAGGGGGUCAAGUACGACCGCACCUUCAUGGCUUCGGAGUUCCUGGACUGGCUGGUGCAGGAGGGGGAGGCCACGGCGCGGGAGGAGGCGGAGCAGCUCUGCCGGCGGCUCCUGGAGCACGGCAUCAUCCAGCACGUGUCCAACAAGCACCCGUUUGUGGACAGCAACCUUCUCUACCAGUUCAGAAUGAACUUCCGGCGGAGGCGAAGGCUGAUGGAGCUGCUCAGUGAGAAGUCCCCGUCCUCCCAGGAGACGCACGACAGCCCCUUCUGCCUGCGGAAGCAGAGCCACGACAACCGCAAGUCUGCCAGCUUCAUGUCAGUCAGCCCCAGCAAGGAGAUGAAGAUCGCGUCGGCCGCGCGGAGGAGCAGCAUGAGCAGCGGCAGCAGCGGCUACUUCAGCAGCAGCCCCACGCUCUCCAGCAGCCCGCCGGUGCUCUGCAACCCCAAGUCUGUGUUGAAGAGGCCCGUCACUUCUGAGGAACUCUUGACUCCCGGGGCCCCGUAUGCGAGGAAGACGUUCACGAUCGUCGGGGACGCGGUCGGCUGGGGCUUCGUGGUGCGCGGGAGCAAACCGUGCCACAUCCAGGCCGUGGACCCCAGCGGCCCGGCGGCGGCGGCGGGGAUGAAGGUCUGUCAGUUCGUCGUCUCCGUGAACGGGCUGAACGUGCUGCACGUCGACUACCGCACGGUCUCAUCCAUUGAUUUUGGUCUUGGUUCACAAAAAGUUGUUGAGAUGCUUCUCUCGCCAGAACAGCAACGUGCUAAAAUCGCCCUCGUGGGAAUCAACGCAGUAGUUUUUCUAGUAAGUAGUACUCUCACCAAAACCAGCAUGGAUCUGUUGAUUAGAGGAUCUCAAUUUCACUGAAUUUCAAAUUAAAGCAACAUCCAAAGGAAUAGUACUUGUUAGCUGGCAUUUUGAAGGUUCUGAAGCAUUUUUUACUUUUUCUUAAUUCCUGCCUUUAGCAUCAACUUCUAACUUAAUGUGUGUUUUCAAUUAUGGCAGUGGUCAAAGAGCAAAAAUAUUGUGAUGACGUGGGUGGGAUAGAAAGAGAGAUAAUUACUUAAAACUGUAUGUGCUGUUUUCUCUUUCUGAGCCUGAAUCGUUCUGUCAAUCAGCAACAGCAGCUUUCUAGAAAUAAUUCUGAAUAUGUUGAAUGUCAAAACAGACAAGUUUGUAUGUACAUAUAUAAUUCAAAAUCAUGCCUCUGGCAAGAUUUCACUCCGAAGCUGUCCCUUGUGAAGUGCAGUAUCCUAGAACUUGGCCCAUAUGUGAUAAAACUUGAAACUGCAUUGCCUGAUUGGCCUGAAUUUUCACUAGCCUUCUAGUGUGACACAUUCUAAGGACAUGACAUGCUGCUUAUUUGGUGGGAUUGCUUUUCACCAAAAGCACCUUCUUGUGUUGUAACUUUCUCGCCCACUUGUACAUAUGCAUGUUUCUUCUUUUUUUUUUUUUUUUUGUCUUGAAGAGGAUGCAUUUUGGAGCUUGGUGUAUAGAGGAAGUUUUUCAGAGUGCCAAAUUAGGAAGUCAGGGAGUGCUCAAUUCCUUUUAUUUUCAUAUAACACUUUCUAAAUGACAAGGCUACUUUCUUAUCACGUAGUAACAAAAUAUGAGUGUUGUGCCUCAGCCUUUUUUUAGUGAUGGGUUGUAACGUGGUGGUGCUGGUGGAGUGGACACGCCGUGCUGAAGAUGUCAGACGUCUGUGUUUCUGGUAACCCAGCUCUUCUCGUCUGUAGCCUUAGGCCGAGAGCAGGGUUUUGCAGUAACGUAGGAUGCUGGCGUGAGUCCUGUCGGCCGGCCUUGGGAAGCCCUGCCGUGCGUUUAUACACGUGCCAGGCACUGUGCUCUCUCUUCAUCCUCAUCACGACCCGCGAGGCAGCUGGAAUCGCCCUCGUGUUUCAGAUUGGAAGCUCAGUCUGAGCAAGUUUAGGAGUGGUCUCUAAGCCCCCACAGUGGCAGGAACUCCUGGUGACAGAGGCUGGAUUCAGACACGCUCGGUCUCAUGGGGACGCCCUGUCCCCCCAGCCCGUACCCCCUGGAGACUGUCCGUGACGCCUUCUUCUGGCCCCUUGCCGCACUCGCACUGUGCCUGGGCGGCCAGCGGCGGCGUCAUCUCCGGUGUUACCGCUGAGGAGACGGGCUCAUCAAGGCCGGACUCUUAACAGUAAGUGGGAGGCAUUAACCAUCAGGCUUUCUUUAAAAGGUCGUCCUAAAUGCCUUCUGGGCCUGGGUGUUCACGGGUGCCUCGAGAAGAAGGCAGGCCUCCGGGAAUGGCAUCCGCUCGCCUGCUCCUGCUCCUUGUCUCCCAUCCUGAUGACUGUUGGGACGCUGGCACAUCUCCACAUCCCUUCAGCCAGCCUAAGCAGCAGAGGAGAGUUUUCCUUGAUUCAGAGAGUGGCGUUGAUGUCUUUGCUCAGAUGAAGACCCAGGUGAAGGAAGGGGUAUUAAGGUGAAGGGAGGGAAGCCUUUGGCUCCCACCACCCUGAGCUUAAAGCCCAGACGCCAGCGAGUUCUGCUUCAGGAGCGCGUCCUCUGAGCUGUGGUCCCAGCCCACGCUGUAUCCUCACCCUGUGAACGCUCCCCUCCCAGAGGACCCUGUUGCGCUUUCUCCAGCUUUUGCACACACGGCUUUUCCUCCCUGGAAUGUUCUUCUUUCUCUGUCUUUGCCUGGAACAGUCUGUCUUAUGAACUCCCCUGAGGUGUUGUGUUAGAUAUUCCCUCUGAGAAAUCUUUGCCAGCAGCCUGGUUCUGGGAUGGAUGCCCUUCUUGAAUUCCCAGGGACCCCCCAUACACCAGCCUCCUGUGAUCCCAGCACUGCUGACAUUUCCUAGGAAAUGGUCCUGUUCCUCGUCUGUCUCCCUGAGUUCUCUCUAAGCGUCUGCAGGCCGGGACUGAGUCCCGCUCCCCAGGUGUUGCCUUCGCCUAGCAUGUUUCCUGACACAGAGCAGGCUGUCAGCUCUCCUCUGCUGUCUGAGCAAUCAGCCCACAGCGUAGCUUCUGACGCUGCUGAUUCACUCGGGAGCCUGUGGUUGGUGUUUUGGGCAGAGCUGUGCUCAGGGACCGACCACAGCCUGAUGUCCUGGCUGAGUUCACACGCGCAUCUGAGGUCAGAGAGGCCGAUGCUCGGGGCUGGCUGACUCUGUCUGGCUGUGGCCUGGAGCUGUGGCUGAGACUCCUCUGAUGGAUUCACAAGGUCUUUCCCCAUAGCUGACCCAGUCUCCCUGUUGGGUCUCAUGAGAUAAAAGAGAGGAAGCAUAGAAACUGCAGACCCUUCUGUGGACACGCUCGGAGGUCACACAGUGUCCCUUCCAUAGCCUUUUCUUGGCCAGUGCAAGUCACAAAGCUAGCCCAGAACCAAGAGGUCAGAAAGCAGACUCCCCCUUGUGAUGGGAGGAGCUGCCAAGAGUCUGGCUGUUUUUAAUCCACCCAGAGUCGUAGAUAACUACUUUUUGAAUAAAGGCCUAAGGAGUUACCUAGUUGUUGAAAGACUUCAGCACUCAGAUGUCAAUAACUGACCACCCGCUGGGUAGAAGUGCAACAGUUGUGAACAAAGGCCCACACCCAGUGAACACUGAAGAGUCAGGAAAUCCUAAGACCAUAGUGCGGCGUGGAGCCACGCAGAGCACGGGUUUGCCCUUUGCAUUUCGCUGAGGCGUGAAGCCGUCUUGUUGGGCGGGCCUGGGUCCAGCACCUCCCUCCCCGCAGUCCCGAGUCUUCCGUGUAGCCCCCCCCGCCGUGGAGGGCGGGGUGGGGAUGACACACGGUUGUGCCCUGUAUCCCUGAAGGUGAAGGAUACGUACUUUUAACUCAGGCCUUGAGUUGUUAAAUCAUAGCAUAUUAAAAAGUAAAUAUUUUGUAUGGUAUUUUGACAGUUGAACUGCUUUAAAAUUUAGAAACUCCAUUCCUAAACGGAACACCAAGAAUUAUUCUGAAUUAGCAGGAAGCAGGAUUUCAAAGAACUUUUGUGUCCUACGUGUGUGUGUGUCUGCGUUUUGGGGAAUUGUGUGUGAGAAUUGAGAUCGCUCGUGGAGAAUCUCUGCAAUGACGUAGUUUGUCCCCAGAGAAGACACGCUUGGUUUUCCAGCUGGCUGCGUGUUAGUGAUGGAGACAGAACCCGCUUUACGUCAAGUCAUUAGCAUAAGAUGUGCAGUCAGCGCUGAUUCGAAAGCCAUGUUGGUUGAUUCUGCUGUAGAGAGAAAAAUGCAGCCGCCCUUUGGGUUGGUUCUGCUUUCUGAUGUUCUCUUAUUAAUCUCUGUCAGAUAAUGGUAGGAACUGAUAAAUUUCUGGUUGAGAAAUGGUGGGUAACAUGAAGAAGAGAUCCAUGUUUGAGUAGAUUAGGUACGACCAACUUCACACUACCUUAUAAAAGGUGAAUGCAUUGGAGUGGUAACAAUUAAUAGUUUAAAAAUCACUGCUCUCAGUCCAAAAUACAGCCUCACUUUUCCAAAUACUCAUUCCUUUCAGAUAUGUCAUGAAAAUAAUCUGCUUUCAAGAUCUGUUUGGAUAAUGUUAAGUAUUCUCUCCUGUUGAAUAUUAAUCGUGUUUCAUUUUGAUGUUCCAUGAUCAGAAUAGCCCAAGAUCAUUUCAGUUUUGCAAAUUGGUUGGAGUCUGUUGGUGUCAUUGACCAUGGUUUUACUCAUUCAAAGAAGAAUUUCAGGUAUAAUAUGUUUUUCCUCAGCUCAAUACCAAGAGGACAAAUCUACCAUGUACCAAAAGGAAGUUCAUAAUCAAAGUCACCAUAUGGUAUUGUCGAAUGCAUUAAUAUAUGUACUUAAUAUAUGUUUAUUUUUAAAUUAGGUUGAAAUUUAUUUUCUGUUUCUUAAAAGUUAUAGCAAAAUAAUUAAAAUUAUAAUAUAACAAUAGACAGUAUAGCAUGAAAUAAAUGUUAAAUUUUUAAAACAAUGCCUUUAGGAUUUCAGCUUUUCUUUUCUUUAGAACAAAUUAACCAUUUUUUUAUCCUAAGAAAGAGUUGCAUUGUAAAGCUGAUCUACAGCUAAUUUAUCAGAGAGAACAUGUGGGGCUGGUAUCUAAUUCUCUAAUGUAACCAAAAGUGCCAUUUGUAGAACUACUUAAUGAUGGAUGUUUUCUGAAGCUCUUUUGCCUGGGGAAAAAAGAAAAGUGCAUUAAAAAGUUUUUUUCUCUA